GUUGGGUUUGAAGUUUAAAGAUGUUUGUGGGGAAAAACUGUUUAAAAAAAAAAAAAAAAAGUGCUCAUGUAAAAUAACAGGAUGAUGCAACUAGAGAGAAAGGGAAGUGACACGUGUUGUGGCGCUCCUGACUUCAAAUGCCUUUAUUAUCAUGUGUUAGAAAACUCUUUGCUGUCUCUUUACUGUGGACCAUGAAGAAGAAUCAACCCAUCUACGACAAUGUUACGUCUAUGAGAGUUAAUAAUGAGAGUCCCGGAAGUGGAAGAAGAUGUGGUUAUUGUUUAGUAUCUCUCUCUGUUCUCCUCUUCCUCUCUCUGAUGGCCAAUGGUCUUCUGACCUAUUUUUAUGUUAAACUCAAAUGGCCCUCAGACACUUUGUCUGAGCAGGCCAGGAAGUGCUCAGCUGGAGAUUGUAAAAUCCAGAAUGUACCAAUCACUUCAUCUGAGCAGAUCAGAAGAUGCUCAGCUAGAGAGCGUCAAAUACAGUACAAAGACAGACUCUACAUUUUCCCUACAGAUGAAAUGAGCUGGUUUUCCAGUAGAGAGAACUGUCAGGAAUUAGGGGGAGACCUGGUGAUCAUUAACAGUAAAGAGGAACAUAAGUUCCUUGUUGGUGCAAUGAACACGUUUAGCAAUUCUCUGCACUGGAUUGGUCUGAGAAAUGUGGAAAAGGAGGGCAGGUGGCUAUGGAUAGAUGAAACACCUCUUAUGCAAAAUCUCUCGUGGUGGAAGUACACUUCAGAGGGCAGCGCAUCAGAGAGAGAAGACUGUGUGGGUUAUUACGAUGGGCAAUGGGUGGAUCUGUCCUGUUCAACAUUAGAAAGGAGGAUCUGCGAGAUCAUUUGCACUCACUGAUCUCCCCUGUAAAAGACAUAUAUUUACAGUCUUUUUGAUGUAAUAUGGACUGUAAUAUGACAUGGAGGUCCUUGAUUUUUGUUUGAAUGGUAUAACUGUUAAAGGUGUAGUACAGCUUUGUACAGGCAGCUUAUGCUAUUGUACUAAACUUCAGUAACUGCUUUAUCCUGGUCAGUGCGAAUCCGGAGCCUUUCCCAGGAAUACUGCGAGGGAAACAGAGAGGGAGACACCCUGAUGGGAUAACUUUAGUGUUGUUAACUCAAAAUCAGUAAAAAGGUUCACAAAUUCAAUCUUAAUGUUGCCUGAACUGAUAUGUUUUAAUGUCAACUGAACAAAAAGUGAAAAAAACAAAGAGAGACGACAGUUUGAAGGAAACACACGGAAUGUAAUUUGUUCUAUACAAAUAUGUUUCAGUCAUUAACAGCCACCUUUAAAGUGAAUGAACUUUAAAGACACCAGCCUUUCAGAAUUAAACUGGCAGUGACUUUUUGCUUUUGUUGUAAUGAUAGAGGAAAUCCGAAAAACACAAAACUCAUAAUGUUUAAGGUGACAAAAAAGUGUAAAUUGCUUCCAAACUGAACCUUAUUCAUAAAGAUAACAAGUACCAACACAACAGCUUAUUUGUGUAACUAGGAGCUGGCAGAUGGUUUAACAAACAUUUAUCAUUUUACCAUUUCAAGCAGUAAAUGUUUGCCACUACUCUUUUCCUCUGAAUCUGUUUUUACAGAUGAGGGGUCAGGAAGUGGCAAGAGACAUGGGUGUCUGUUGGUGGUUUCUCUCCUCUCUCUCUCUCUGAUUGCUAAUGUGCUUCUCGCCUAUUUCUAUUUUAAACAUAAAUGGGCCCCAGUCACUUUGUCUGAUCAGAUUGGGAACUGCUCAACUAGAGG